UCUCAUAUUCAUUCAUUCUUUUUCUCAACUCUCCACCAAAAAGCAAUAACAUUUCAAAGUCCAAACAAUUUUUCAGCUACUUGAAUCAUACACAAUGAAUCAAGAUAUUGAAGUUACACCAUUUUUUCUAUGCCCUAUUUCACUACAACUCAUGAAGGAUCCAGUUACUGUCUCAACAGGCAUAACCUACGACAGAGAAAGCAUCGAAAAAUGGCUCUUUUCAUCGGAAAACAAAACAUGUCCUGUCACAAAACAACAACUCACACAUGAUGCAAAUCAUCUCAUUAUUCUCACUCCAAACCACACUCUUCGUAGACUCAUCCAAGCAUGGUGCACCAUGAAUUCUUCUUAUGGAAUUGAAAGGAUUCCAACACCAAAACCUCCAACAACAAAAAUCCUUAUAGAAAAACUCCUCAAAGAAGCUUCUGAUUCACCUCAUUUGCUUAUUCAAACCCUAAAAAAGCUCAAAACAAUUGCAUCCGAGAGCGAAACAAAUAGACGGUGUAUCGAAUCGGCCGGCGCUGUCGAGUUUUUAGCAUCAAUAGUAACACAAAACAACACAAGUUGUUCAUCUUCAUGUUCAGCAACAGAAUUAAUUGAAGCUAGCUUUGAUGAUGAUGAUGUUGAAGGUUUUGCUUUUGACUUCAAAAUAGGUGCAGAAGAUGAAGCUAUAAACAUCCUUUACAAUCUUCAAUUAUCAGAACAAGGUUUGAAAACUCUCUUAAACUUCAAAAAUGGAGAAUUUCUAGACUCUUUAAUGAAAUUUUUCCAGAAGGGUAACUACGAUUCAAGAACAUACGCAGUUUGUUUGCUGAAAUCUAUGUCAAAAGUUGCUGAUCCAUCAAAACUAGCGAAUCUAAAAACCGAGUAUUUCGUCGAGUUAGUUCAACUUCUCAAAGACCAGAUAUCAAAGAAAGCAUCAAAAGCAACACUACAAACGUUAAUUCAACUUGUCGAAUUCGGAAGAAAUAGAGUAAAAGCAAUUGAAUCAGGUUGUGUUUCUGCUUUGAUAGAACUUCUUCUUGAUUGCAAAGAAAGAAAGCCAUGUGAGAUGAUUUUGGUGCUUUUGGAGAUGUUAUGUCAAUGUGCUGAUGGAAGAUUUGAACUUCUAAGCCAUGGAUGUGGUUUAGCUAUUGUUUCAAAGAAGAUUUUGAGGGUUUCAACAAUGGCUAAUGAUAGAGCUGUGAGGAUUCUUCUAUCUGUUUCAAGAUUUUCUGCUACACAUUUUGUUGUUCAAGAAAUGUUGAGAAUUGGUGUUGUUGCUAAGCUUUGUUUGGUUCUUCAAGUUGAUAGUGGAAAUAAGGCAAAGGAGAAAGCAAGGGAGAUUCUUAAAUUGCAUUCAAAGUCUUGGAUGAAUUCUCAUUGCAUACCUUUUAAUUUACUUGCUUCAUACCCAACAAGUGGGUAAAAAAUUGCUAGGGUUUUCACUUUUUUUUUUGUAAUUUUUUUGGUGGAAAAUACCACUUUUUAUUAGUUUUUUUUUUCUUGUAUAGAAAAUAGUUUUAUUUUGGUACAGGAAAAUAGAAUUAUUUAAGAAGUACAUUUUGGAACAUGAUGGGAUAGGUGUGGACAUAAAAUAUUGUCCGAAUGGGUCGGAAACAAAUUGAGGGUUGUUUAUUGUGAAGAGAAAUGACUACACAAUAUAUUUGAUACAACAACAAAGUUUAACAUGCCAAUUUUUGUUGCUUCUUUUGAUUU